GGGCGGGGCCGCGCAGCCCGGAAGAGACGCCGCGUCGCGCAUGCCCCUUCCUUUCCAGCCUCGGCCUCGGACCGUGCAGCCGCCGCGAUGUUGAUGCCCAAGAAGAACCGGAUCGCCAUUUAUGAGCUCCUUUUCAAGGAGGGGGUGAUGGUGGCCAAGAAAGACGUCCACAUGCCCAAGCACCCGGAGCUGGCAGACAAGAACGUGCCCAACCUUCACGUCAUGAAAGCCAUGCAGUCUCUCAAGUCCCGAGGUUACGUGAAGGAACAGUUUGCCUGGAGACACUUCUACUGGUACCUUACGAACGAGGGCAUCCAGUAUCUCCGUGACUACCUCCACCUGCCCCCUGAGAUUGUGCCUGCCACUCUUCGCCGCAGCCGGCCUGAGACUGGCAGACCCCGGCCCAAAGGUGUGGAGGGCGAGCGGCCCAUGAGGCUCACGCGCGGGGAGGCCGACAGGGAUGCCUACAGACGCAGCGCCGUGCCCGCUGGUGCCGACAAGAAGGCUGAGGCGGGGGCCGGUUCAGCCACUGAAUUCCAGUUUAGAGGCGGAUUUGGUCGUGGACGUGGUCAGCCACCGCAGUAAAGUUGGAGGACUUUAUUUUCCAUUGAAUAAAUGUAGCCAGAAAACGUGGGAUCUGCA